GAGCACAAAAACAUAUAAUAAUGAACUCCGUUUUUCUGCAACUUUGAAUUGAAUAUUAAAUAUUAAAAAAAUAGAAAAUCUGGAUCAGCUAACUGGAAUUCAAUCUUUCUAAAAAGUAAAAACCCAUCAGACUGCUAAGUGGUAACAGGUCGCCAUGGCAGCCGAGAUUGAAUCAAUGUCAAAAUCCGUCCAAAAAUUGGCCAUCGACGGCAAAGAAUCGCUGGAAAAGUACAUCCAAAAAGGAACUGACAGUGGAAAGUUGAAUACUUCUGUUCCGUUGAUAGAGGUUCCUAUUGUUGAUAUUGGUCUUCUCCAAUCUCCAUUAACCAGAACAGAGGAGCUUCACAAACUCAGAUCAGCUCUUAGCUCUUGGGGUUUCCUUCAGGUAAUAAAUCAUGGAAUGACAAGUUCAUUCUUGGAGAAAAUGAGUCAAGUUGCCAAGCAAUUUUUCUCGCUACCGGUGGAAGAGAAGCAGAAAUACUACAGAGAAACUGGCAGCCAUGAAGGAUAUGGAAAUGAUAUGGCUCCUUCAGAACAGAAAACACUUGAUUGGACUGAUCGUUUAUAUCUUACACUAAGCCCAGAAGACCAGCGACAGCUCAGAUUUUGGCCGGAAAAUCCUCCAGCUUUUAGGGAAAUGCUAGAUGAAUUUGCCAAGAAGUCGCAGCGAAUACAAGAAAUUUUGCUUAAAGAAAUGGCAAGGUCAUUAGGAUUGGAUGACAAUUGCUUUUUGGAUCAACAUGGAGAACGACCAAUCGUUACUGCACAAUUUAACUAUUAUCCUCCAUGUCCAAUGCCUGGUAAAACCCUUGGGCUAAGACCACAUACUGAUGGAUCAGUUCUCACCAUUCUCUUGCAAGACAAAGAGGUGGAAGGUCUUCAGUUCUUGAAAGACAAUCAAUGGUUUAGGGUUCCUAUCAUUCCAGAAGCUCUUCUUGUUAAUGUUGGCGAUCAAGCUGAGAUAAUGAGCAAUGGAAUAUUCAAGAGCCCUAUACACAGGGUGGUGACCAACAGAGAAAGGGAGAGGAUUAGUAUAGCUGAUGGGCUAAUCGAUGAAACAAGGCCAAGAUUAUACAAGACAGUGAAAGGCUAUGCUAGUUUUUAUACUGAAUACUAUCAGCAAGGGAAGCGACCAAUUGAAGCAGCAUUAAUCUAAUUUCCUUUAUGCAUACUUCCGGUUUCUUGUACUUAAAAUUUCUAGUGGUUUCUGUAAGUGAAAGACAACAGAAAAUGAUUUCUCAAGUAUUUGUCUGAA